AUGAGUGGUACCUUGAUGGCACCCGAGGUCUUCUUCACCGUUUGCUACGGCCACAAUAACCCUCCUCAGGUCAUCAAGGACAUGCACACGUUCACUCCCGCAAUCCUAGAGGGCUACUGCCGCCACCGAGUUCGACGCGCAGACUAUCCUGGUGUUGUGGCUGAGAAGGGUCACAAUGUUCGUGGGGUUUACGCUACUGGACUUACCGAUGCCAACAUGAGCAAGCUUGACGAUUUUGAGGGGCCCGAGUAUGACAAGGAAAAGGUCAAAGUCAAGUUGCUCAACAAAGACGGCACUGUCAACGAGAAGGGUGAAACCAAGGAAACGACCGCCUACGUUUUCAACUCACUCAACCACCUUGAGAAGCGCGAAUGGGACUUUGAGGAGUUCCGAAAGACCAAGAUGAAGAACUGGACCCGCGGUGGAUUGGCUUUCGAUUAAUAAGUCUGAGUGAACCACCAAUAACGACUUCGAAGUAGACGCGUGUUUCUGCAAGCGCCUUCAAAGUGACAGCAGUCGGUCGCUUAUCUGGUUGCAGCAUGACAAGACUUGUUGAUGUGGUGGCGGUGAGGGGAUGUUGUGAUGAUGCUACCGACAUACCGGUUCAUAAAUGCCGUGCCAGU